AUGGGUGUGCAUGAGCUGUGGUCUAUUCUAGAGCCCGUUCGAAAGUCCGUGCCUUUGUACAGUUUGAGCGGAAAGACACUUGCAGUGGACCUGAGUCUCUGGGUGUGCGAGGCUCAACAUGUCCAGGCGAUGAUGGGAAGGGUCACCAAACCUCAUCUCAGGAACCUGUUCUUCAGAGUGUCAUCUCUGACUCUUAUGGGGGUAAAGCUUGUUUUUGUCAUGGAAGGAGAGGCCCCAAAACUGAAGGCAGAAACCAUGAACAAACGGACUCAAAGCAGGUUUGGAUUUAAAGCAGCUGCUCCAAAGAAGUUACCUAACACCAACAGAGGGCGCUUCAAAGUCGUACUAAGAGAGUGUGCAGAGAUGCUGGACAACAUGGGCGUCCCAUGGGUGACAGCAGCUGGUGAAGCAGAAGCCAUGUGUGCCUUCCUGGACUCUCAGGGCCUGGUUGAUGGCUGCAUCACCAAUGAUGGAGAUGCCUUUCUUUAUGGAGCCAGGACUGUUUACAGGAACUUUAACAUGAACACUAAAGACCCUCAGGUUGACUGCUACCAGACUUGUGAUGUACAAAGCGAGCUGCAUCUCUCCCGGGAAAAUCUUGUUGGACUAGCAAUUUUUCUUGGAUGUGAUUAUAUUCCCAAGGGGAUACAAGGAGUUGGUAAAGAACAAGCUCUGAAGUUGAUCUUUAAACUUGAGGGGCAAACAAUUCUUCAGAAGAUUAGUAGGUGGACAGAGGAUAACUCAUAUAUUCCAGAAUCAAAAAUGAAGAAAGUCCCACACUGCCAUUUGUGCCGACAUCCUGGUUCAGCAAAAGCACAUGAGAAAAGUGGAUGUCUGACAUGUGGCAGCAGCAGAUUUUGUGAACCCCAGGACUUUGACUACCAGUGCCCCUGUGAUUGGCAUUGCGGGGAACAAAGCCGCCAAGCUCUAUCCUUGGAGAUCAACAUCAGAAGAAAGACCCUUGCUAAUCCCCUUUUUCCAUUUACAGAGAUUAUACAUGAGUUUCUAAUAUCCAAGGAUAAGGCUGUAUCCCAUUUUAAAAGAAGGCUACCUAAUAUACUUCUCAUGCAGAAAUUUGCAUAUGAUAAAAUGGAAUGGCCAAAACACUACACAAGUGAAAAGGUUCUUGUGUUGAUGACCUACAUGAAUUUGAUGAAUAAAAAAUGUGGAAGGCAAGUCUUUCAGCAAGUCAAGCCUCUCAGAAUAUUAAAGCCUCGCGUGAGAAACGGAGUGUCCUGCUUUGAAGUCGCUUGGACAACACCGGAGAAUUAUGCAUUUCCUGACGAUCCAGCACCUGAGAAUCAAGAGGAAGUCCGGACAAUAGAGGAAGAAUCUCUGUUUCGAGCGGCGUAUCCAGAACUGGUAGAGAUCUUCCAGAGAGACAAAGCUGCAGCGGAGGAGAAAAAGAGCAAAAAGAAGAAGCAAAAAAGUAAAAAGGAGAAGACUGUUGAAGGAUCGGACGGGAUUUCUGACCUCUUGGCUCAGAUGAUCCCAGUCCUGCUUCACCUGCUGCAGACAGAGACAGUGAUGAUUCAGUGA